AGUUAUUCAAGAGGAAGGUUUAUAUGUAGGUAGUAUAAAGGAUUCUAAAGUAAAUAAUGUAGUUAAUAGUUUUUAAUGAUCCGAAUCAAAAAGCCGUAUAAAGGGACUUUUUCCUUUGAUCUAUCACAGUUAUAUAAGAUUUUUUCUUGUCUCUUCUUAUAAUUUAUUGGAUACCCUACAUAAAUAUGUUCUUCGUUCGAACGGCGAACAAAUAAUCCUGGAAUCUUCUAAUACAUAAGUGAAGCAUCGAUCGAUUUAUUAUUGGAUUUAUCGUUCAUAUUCGCACAUAAUAUUUCUGCGGCUACUAGUCGUAGAGAAAAUGUAAAUGAACAUUCCACUUUAUCACUUUUGAUAAGAUAAUCAUAUGAAUGUUGAACAGAUAAGUUCUCCUAUUUUUACUCUUGAUAUGUAAGUGGUAUAUAGUAUAUAAUAUAAAAUAGCAACGUGAAUAAAUAUAUUUUCAAUGGAUUCAAGUAAUGUUGAGAAUCAAAGUAACAUACCAGCGACAGUCCUGAGGGUAGAAAGGGAAACUGCUUUCUACCACGAAGAACCACCACCACCGUACACUGCUACGAACACAAGGGUGACAGGACAGCCUAUCAUUCACCAAACAAUAAUAAUACAAGCUCCGCUAAAGGAAAAUCCUAUGUUAUAUGAAUGUUCUACUUGUAGAGAAACAGUGUUUACAAAAGUGCGUUAUGUUAAUUCUCAAAGGACUCAUUUAAUAGCUGGUUUUAUAUGUGGUUUAACAGUGUGGUGUAUGCUUUGUUGCCUCGCUGCUAUACCUUAUAUUAUGCCUUCAUUUAAAAAGGCUGAACACUAUUGUCCAAUUUGCAACCGAUAUCUUGGUUGUUACACAAAAAUCUGAAUGAGUAGCCUGUGACAAACUACGAUUUAAAAUAAAUCGGUGAUAAUUAAUUGCCUACAUAUUUGAACAUCCAAGACUUGAUUUACCAAUAUUGAAAGUUGUAUUUAUACAUUGCUUCUACAUGACUAGCUAAUUUCAACAUUAUGACAACAGAUGAGAAAUCAUUUGAUUUAUUUGAUCUUGUUUAACAAGAUAAGGACAAAACUAUAAUAUUAUAAUGAACUACAACUAAAUUAAAACAAAAUUAGAUUCCACUGGAAUAUUAUAAAUAAAAUAAUUAAGUCUUUCACCUUAUUAAUUAUAUUAUAGAUUAGAAGAUAAUCCGAAGUAAUAGUUGUAGAGUAAGGCAGUUUAUGCAUAUUGCACAGGAACCAUCACCCGGACGAGUUAUGGCAACUGGAUUACAGAUUUACUUUAUGUUAACAUAUGUGUCAAUACACAAAUUGCACAGAAAAAUUAAAGA